CAGGAUGCAGAAGUCACGCCCCUCUUCAUAGCCUUGCACAGCAUCAACAAGCACUAUUUCCUUCCACGACAACCAAUUUGAAGCAAGACCAUUCUGGUAUGAUGGAGAACGGGAAGGACAAAAUCGAGACAGAAAGCAUAGAAGAAGGGGAAUUUAUCCCUGAUAAAUCUGCCAAUGAUUCGGUCGAGAGCUCUAUGAAUGCACAUGAUGUCAUAUGGCGUGGAAAUGAGAAAAAAUGUGCUUUGCAGGGGCAAUCACCUUUCGAUGGCUCUAAGAGCAGUAUUUUGAUGAAGAAUAUGACUAGAGAUUCUCGCCCUGAGAAAAAUGCGAAUUUCACACGCAAUGACGGACAUGAUUUGGCCAGAGAGAGGGUCAUCGCAACUCUAAGGUUCUACAGAGAUAUUUGUCGCGAGCUCUCUCGGGAAAAAUCAAAAGCAGGUAAAGAGAACACAUGCAUUAGGAGAAUAGACUAUCAUGCUGCAAAAGAAGUACAGAAAAGACGAGGAUACGUCCACAGUGCCAUGCAAUUUAUCGGUGAUGUUCCAGGAGUAAAAGUCGGAGACAACUUCUAUUACAGGAUGGAACUCGUUGUUGUUGGGCUCCAUCGCCCUCCUCAGAGUGGCAUCGAUUACAUGGGACGUCACCCAAACAUUCUAGCCACAAGUGUUGUCGCUUCCUGGGAUUAUACAGAUAAUCUGAGUACACCCGAUGAGCUGGUUUAUUUGGGCCAGGGUGGAAUGCCCGGUCACCACAAGAAGGCCAAAGAUCAGAAGCUUACUCGUGGGAAUUUAGCUCUAGUGAACAGCAUGAAGAGAAACAAGCCGGUGAGAGUGAUCCGGAAGGAUAGGGAUCACACCUUCACAUAUGAUGGACUGUACAUGGUAGCGAGGUACCGGAAGCUACGUCGAGCAAAUAGACAGAUGGUCUUCGAAUUUCUGAUGAAGAGAAUCCGAGGCCAACCUGAGAUUGGCCAGAAGAAGAAGAAGAUGAAAGUACUCGAGUCAUCAUGAGAGGAAGAGUUGACGACCAGCAUUAGGAAA